GGAGUAGCAUCAGCACUGGCGGCGGCAGUUCAUCGAGGGCUUACUUAGACGCUCCGCGCCUCGCCUUGGUUCUCGCCGGAAAAUCGUCUCUCAAUCCGUCCGUGUCGGCGGAGAAAGAAGAUUACGGAAGGUGGGGAAGAAGGUAAGGGCCUCUGACCCCUCCUUUCUUCUGCCCCCCUUUUCGUCUGUAAUUUUUUCGCGGGUGUGGCCAUGGAGUUGGAUCUGGACAUAGCAACUACGAGAAAGAAAUUAGAGGACGAGGUGCUCGGCACUUGGCUUUGGGACAAGGAGCUGGACUCCAUCGUGAAGGAGCAGCAAGAGCGAGACGAGGAAGGCAAUUACGAGUACUACGAGCCGGACGAACCACACGAACCAUACGACGAUGAAGAAGAGGAGCUCCAUUACGGUUCAGCGGGAUACGGGUACAUGUUCCGCUACGAGGACGGACACCCCUUUUACGCCGCCGACAUGGAGGAGAGAUGGGAGAAUCAGAUGCAGUUUCCUCCCAUGCCCACCGCCGAGAAAUCACAUCCCUUAUCGAGAGUAUGGAAAGGGUCCCUUCGUGUCGAGGGCCCGUGUCAGCUCGAUUUAAAUCUGGUAUCUACACAAAGCUUGUUGCCUCCAUUGCCAAUAUGGGAAAACCGUUGGGUGAACAAAAAGGAGAACGAGCCUUGUCGACGGGCUAUCCAAGUAUUCAGUUUGAAUUUAUUGCCUCCUCGUGAUGACACAGUUGAGAUCUAUGGUAUGUUUGCAUUCCGAGAUAUACGAAACCCCGGACUACGGAAUAUUGUCUUUGAAUACCCAAGAGACAAACCAUGCAAGCUUAAGCCGGGUGCUUCCAAGCUUCAACCUCUACUUACCGCACAUCAAGGCAUCUAUGCGACUAUGAAAGGCUACAUUGGCACAUCAAUACUGGUCACCACGGCAGCGUCGAUCUGAGAAUGACCGCUAUCCCGAAAGCGGUGUUGGCUAUGUUGGAGUGUGAGGUGCACAAUCUUGGGGACAAUUUGUUUGAUUGGCUUACAGUAACCGCGGUUUACCGUACCAUGCA